AUGGCGGCUCCGAGGCAGCCUCAGACCGCGCCCGCCUUGUCACGGGCGGAGAUGGAGUUGAAGGCAAUGUGGCAGGAAGCCGAACUCGAGUUCAGCCAAUUGACUAGGCGCAGCUUGAGGACCGACCGAGAAAAGCGCUUGGAUGAUGUUCUUGCAGAGCUCGACAGAAAAUAUCGAGCUCCAGAAGAGGGUGGUAAGAAGGCGAAGUUUCGGGCUACUGUCGCACAGGUACUCAGCUGCAUCCAACUGCUGGGUGGGUUAGCCGCGGAAGGGGUAUCGAUCGUGUUCGGGCCCGCCACUCUGUGCUUCAAUGCCAUAUCGUUCUUGAUCGACGUUCCGGGAAAGAUCGCCAGUGUUUACGAGGGUGUCGGUAGCCUGUUCGAAGAGAUCUCACAUUUUCUCGUCCUGUUCAAGAUCUAUGGGCACUACACCACGCUGGACCCUGAACUUAGAGAUGGCAUUCACAAGCUUAUGAUGUCAAUGAUCAGAAUCUGCGGAUUGUCGAUCAAAAUCAUCGAGGGUGGGCUCUUCCAUCACAUCAAGAUUGGGGCGAAAAUCACCUUUUUGAAUGAUGACAGUGGUGUCAGGGCUGAGCUCGACAAGUUCAAGGCUCUGAUUGACAAGCAAAGCCACGUCACAGAGGCCGUAACCCUGCAACACGUCCUCAGCAGCGAAGGCAAGCUGGUGGAGGUCCUCAACACCCAAUAUGAGAAUGCCGAGAAGCUCAGCAAUCUGGAAGGGAAUAUGAACAUCGUCGUUGCCGAUGUGACCGACCGCAGGAUGCAAGUCAUCCUCUCGGAGCGGGUGGAGCAGAUGGCGACGAUGGUGUCCAUGACCAGGGAGUCUGCUGAAGAAGCAAGGAAAUUGACGCUAAACAUGAUGGAUAAUCUUCUUCCAGGGACUGGACAGUGGUUGCUGGAUGAUGAGGACUACCAAGAGUGGAAGAGCCCCAAUAAGGACACGAUCCCCCUGCUUCUUCUGUCUGGAGAUCCAAAGACUGGCAAAUCAUCUCUCUUGGCAAGUAUCGAGAAGGACCUGCGCAUAACUACCACGAGCACAGAUGUUGCCAUUGCGUAUCAUACAUUCACCGGACGAGAUGCGAGAGGCUCGAAAGAUAAGAACAGGGACGAGUUAGUGUUCGCACUCAAGUCAAUGGCCAUUCAACUGGCGGGCCAAUACAGACCUUAUGCAAAAGAGAUGGCUGCUCUCAAAGAUGGUUUCAAGCCGCCUGAGGUUGGCAAAGAGAAAGACCCCGUCGAAAAGCUAUGGUGGGACAAGCUGCAUUUUUCGAGAUCUUCUCAAACAAAGGAAGAGGCCAAUUUCGUUCUGAUCUUCGAUGGUCUUGACGAAUUGUCAGAAACCAAUCGCGCGAGGUUUCUCAAACUCAUCAAGACCAUCCGGGACGAGGCCCGCACUCCGACCAAGACAGUUCGACAACAUAUGCGCAUCAUCGCCGCGGGCGCCCCGAAAGUGUUUGAGGGCAGAUUUGAAACCAUAGACAUCUCGACACGCAAUUCGUCUGACAUCAGCUUGUACAUUGAGGAAGAACUGAAAACCACUGAAGCCCUUCAGGGCCAACAUGCGGAAAUGCUCGCUCUCCUACAAGAUGUCCGUGAAAUUCUGCCAGCUGUCGCGCAGGGGUCUUUCUCUAUCGUUCAACAAAAGCUGGAAAGGAUCAAGGAGGCCGUCGACUCCGACGCGUACCUGGAUGAUGUUCGGACUAUCUUGUGGGAGGAUCCUGCUGAAGAUUCAGGCAAAUUGGCCAAAAAGGUCCUUGGCGACCUCAACGCAACUCUCAACGCCCACGAGAUCGCCGAGUUGAGCGUGCUGCUCCACUGGUGCGUUUUCGGAGUCGGGCCUCUCACAACGGAUGAACUGAGGGCCACCGUCUUUUUGAGUUCGGGAAAAUCUUCGUUGCAACCGUUUGAGAGAAAGCUCACGAAGAAGUACACCAAAGUGCUCAAGGUUGAAGGGGACCAAGUGUUGGUAGAGCCGGAGAUUGCACGACUAUUCACCCUCCAGGGGAGCUCCGGGUGGGGGAAUGAGUCCGCCUCCGUCCUCGACAACGCCAGAAUCACCAUGACUGUAUCGAUCAACCAAGCGGAUCCGCGCACUGUGCAACAAUUCUUCUGGGACCUGACCGAGCGCGUCGGCAUUGGCAAGUUCGAUUUCCUCACCAUGUCCAACAACGAUAGCAAGGGCACGAUCCGCACGGAUAGGGCUCAGGCGCACUACCAUAUCACAGAGCAACUGCUGAGACUUCUAAACGACGAGCCCCACGAGAAGACGCAGUGCCUGGUUCCCUAUGCGAUGCGAGAACUUCCCUCGCACCUCAAGGAGACCUACGACUCGUUGCACACAGUUGAGCUGGAGGCUACGCAGCGAAGGGACAUCGCCAAAAGCCUUGUGGACCUCCUGGGCGACGUAGAGGGUAUAGAGAAGUUCUGGAGCGCCGAAAAAGUAGUAUCCUGGGACUGGUUAGAGCCCAAAAAAGCAGCCAUCGUGGAAAAUUGGCUGACUGACCCAAAUACGGUUACCGCACUCCAACCGCGAGAGCGACGAUGGAUAAGGGACCACACAGCACCCACCGAGGGCAGAGGAGGUGUUUUCAAGCCCAUUACUUUGAUGGUGGCAAGACGCUGGCUUCGCGAUCGUACUUGGUGGGCGAGUGAAGCAUAUAUGUGGGUCCAUAAAUAUAUGCUAUUGCGAAACUCGGAUGAGGAGCUGGAGGAACAACCCGUGUACUUGAAGGCUACGAUAGAACGUCAAGAAGACGUGGACGAUACAUCGGGACCAGGCAGUAUUGCAACACCAGAACGAUCGCUUGAGGAGGACGUUUUCGAUGCUGCAGCAUGGGUGCAGCAGGCCCUGUCUCUCAACGACACGAACCUGGACGCAUUGUGGUACGAGCGUAUCGCGGAGACUUUUGCCCAAAACUAUGAGCCUGCGGCCGCAAAGCAACAAUGCGAGAAAGCGAAAGAACUUGGUGGUGGGUGGUCAGUCGAUGAGAUAUGGGCGGUCGCAGUGGAGAAGAUGAGUCGAGACGAGGACGACCCCGUGAGAAAGGAGGAAUUAAAAACAUUGGCAUGCGAGAGGCUUGAGACGGUCGUCGAACACCUGAGGUCAUCGUUCCAGACGCCCGAGGCCGGAGAUGAUGGGCGACAGGACCUCGCGCGAAACCUAGAGAGACUGGCAGACUGGCAGGCAGAGCUGAAAUGCCUCGAUCGCGCAUUCGCACUAUAUGAGGAAGCGCUCGACAUGGACCAGGGGAACCAUUCUACCCGUGGCGUACUCCUCAAGGCUGUCUAUGCGGAGGAAAGGGAAGAAGAAGCCAGGAACAUGCUGGCGCGGAUGGUCAACCAAAAGGAACCAUCGUCAAAUCUGGACCUUUUCCCGGCCUUUCUCUGGUAUUUAGCUGUGAAUGAGGCGGCAUCUUUCUCACUCGAGCCGCUUCACAUCAUUCUAUUCCUGGGUCAGGCGGAUAAGGCUUUCAACGGUCACGUCCUCAGAGCCAUCGAAACAGCGAUUGCCGACGUUAGAAGGAGUAAUGCAACAAUCACUGAAGGUGUGCUCCUUCUCUAUCAGGGCGUAUGUCUGGCCCGGGGUACAUCGGACGACUCACACAUUCAACAAGCAAUCCGAUGCUGGGACGACUGCCAGUCUCUAUACCUCCCAUCAAGCUACGACUUGGUAAGAAUCCGCCAAAUGGCCGCACGCUUUGUGGCACAGCAUUUCUUCCACCAAGCCAAGAAUCCAGACAUCUCGCCGGAAGAACGAGAGCAGAACUUCCAACAACUUCUGAGAAUCAACCGCCCUGCCUCGCUAUCGCCUAGUGGCUUCCAACCGACCUCCUAUCUGGCGGCUUAUUACGUUCUACAGGGUCAAGUCGAAGAGGCGCGCAAGCUAUUUAGGGAGGAUAUGAUUGCGGCAUUCGUCAUCCUCUCCGACCAUGAUCCGGACAAUGAUGUCUUCGGGUAUAAGACUAUCGCCAACCUCCUGAUGCAUACGGGCGACGACCUCAACGCGCUGAGUGCAUGGUCAUUGCUUGGACCUGAUGACGUUUUCAAGAUCCCCGACCAGGAAGCGCCCACCGAAAAGGGCUCCGACAGCACCAAGCUGCAGGAACUUGAGCUCUCUGACGAAGUCGAGGGUGUAGAAGUUGCUGCCGCAUGGAUCGAGGAAGAUAUUGACGUUCAGGAUGCUACUGACCGUAAUGGUCCGAUCGGGUAUAGUUGCGACGGCUUCUGUGGACGCAACUGGUGGUACGCCAACGAUAUCUAUGUGUGUCGAUACUGCCCGGACACGCAGUUUACCGACGACUGUGUGGAGAAGCUAAAGGCGAACAAGUUGGAACGAUACAUAUGUGAUCCUGGACACAGCUGGCUCCACGUGCCGAAAUGGUCUGACCAGGAUGCUCUAGAAGUCGGGCAGGGUAAGGUUCGUGCGCAUGGGCAACUUGUGGAUGGAAAGCGAGUUGGAGGAGACACCGUCGAGAUACAGCAGUGGCUGGAUGAGAUUCGAGACAUUUGGCGUCUGCCGAAGCUAGAGCAGCCGGUCACAUGA